CUCGUAUCCUCUUUGAUAAAACAAACGUUUUUAUAAAUCAGAAAUCAUUCAAAUAUCUGAUUUUCACUUUUGCUGCGAACUUCAAAUCACGUAAGAAAAUAGCGGAACCUUUGUCCUGUACACCCUGUGUUGAAGCUGAAAGUCGGAAGUAUAUGAACGACGGACGAAAAUGGCUAGCCCAGUUGCAGCGCGGCAGAUUCUUAGGUGGACUAUGAGAAAUGCCACCUUCUCUGUUUUCAGUCCACUUCAGUUGGGGAUAUGCCACCUCCAACCUUUAUGCAUCAGAUUGUUCUGUUCCUCCACCAGCCAGGAGACUCGGCAGUCAACACGACACGACCAUGAACUCAGCCCUCUAUGCAGGAAGCCAGCCACAGAGCUAUCCAUACCCUCUUUGGUAGAUAUGGGAUUCACAGACACCCAGGCAGAGCAGAUCUUUGAUGCCAUGUCCAAAUUCAGAGGAGGAAGCGCUGCCAAACAUGCUCUGUCAACUCUCACUGCUCUUUUUGUCUUGGGGCUCAAUCCUUCCAGUGUGCUGAAACUGCUGGAGAAAUGUCCUGAACUGUACACUGUCAAGGAAUCGCAGCUUCAGCAGCGCAUAGGAAACCUGCGGAAACUAGGUUUAGUUGAAGGCAGUCUUCAGAGAGUGGUGGCCCAUUACCCUCAGAUCCUGACUGUGCCUGUGAAGACUGUAAAAAAUGCUGCGCUGUUCCUCAGAGAGAAGUGCCUGUUUACUGCCCGGCAGGUCACAGACAUCCUCAGAGAUAGUCCGGCCAUAGUACUGGAAAACACGGGUCAGCUGGAGUACAAGUUUCAGUAUGUCUACUUCCGAAUGGGUGUCAAACAGGCGGAGAUGGUGAAGUCCAGAUUGCUCCGUUUCACUCUGGACGAGGUGCGCCAUCGACAUUCUUUUCUGGAGCGCAGGGGCCUGUAUCAAACCCCAGACAAGAAAGGACAGACGAUCAUCAUCAACCCCAAACUGGACAGCAUCCUGAACAUUGACCAGGACACCUUCCUCACACAUGUCGCAAUGGCGUCAGCAGAGGAGUACGAUGUAUUUAAGAGACUGAUGGCAAGAGAGUGGCAGGAACAGGAGCAGCGGCAAGGCGGCAUCAAAGCCAAUAGUGAUGCUGAGGAGGAGGAGGAGGAUGAAGAAGAUGAGGAGACUGGAGGAAAAAGUGGAUACACAAAGAGGAGAAAGAAAUGACAGUUGGGGAGGGUCUAAGAGAACGUAAAGAUUAAAUUACAUGAUCAGAGAAAAUCAUAUGCCUGAUGGGGGCAAAUGAACCAAUAAAGCCUUUCCUUUAAACUGU